UUCUGGUUCUCUUUAGUUCCACCAGAAACUAGAGAGAGAAAAGAGAGGUUAUAGAAGUGACCCAUUUCACUUUCCUCUUCUUUGAGCUUAUAGAAGUGACUUAGAAUUUAAAAAGCCUGUGUCUUUAGGGUUUUCUGUUGGAACAACAAUGAUAAUGAUAUAUAUCUUCAAGAGCUUUUGAAAAUACAUAAAUGGUGGACUCCCCAGAAUCAAAUUAGGUAAGUUUCAAUUUUUAUCAUAUAUUAUAUGUCAACUGCUCUCUUAUUAUUGCUCAAUCAGUGACUUCCCUUUCAUUGAAAAUCAUGCAUACAAAAAUACAAUAGAAAAGUGACUUCACAACCAAUUGUUACUAACUUCUAGUGCAACUUUUUUUUUCUUCUCAAAUCUGAGAACAAAAGGUGUUGUCUUUAAAUGGUGUUUUGCAUCAAUGGAAGGAGUAAGUUCUGAUUUUAGCUUUGCUUAUGUGUCAAAAUGAGUUGGGGUUGUGUUUGAAUACAAAGAGUUUGGGGUUUUGUUACUACAUGGUUUAUGAGUGUACCUAUAUGAUCUGUGGUAUGUCAAACUACAAAGAGCAUAAGUGGUUUUUGGAGCACACCCAUAUGAAGAUGUCUUGGGUUCAGUAUCAAAUCUUGCAAAAAGAUGGCUAUUUGAGCUACCCUCCUUCUCCUCCUCUUCCUCCUUUGUCUUCAUCACCAUAUACUGGUACUUUUCAUAAAGAAUCUGCCCCUUCUUCAUCAAAUGGUACUAGGAUAAGUCCAGCAGUUCUUUUCAUUAUAGUAAUUCUGGCUGUACUGUUUUUUAUUUCUGGUUUACUCCACCUGCUUGUUAGAUUUCUCAUAAAGCACCCAUCUUCCUCAGCAUCUACUCAAUCUAAUAGAUACCCAGAAAUUUCUAGCUCCGAUGCUCUUCAGAGACAGCUACAACAACUCUUCCAUCUACAUGACUCUGGUCUAGAUCAAGCUUUUAUAGAUGCUCUUCCUGUUUUCCAGUAUAAAGAGAUAGUGGGUCUCAAAGAGCCAUUUGAUUGUGCUGUUUGUCUGUGUGAGUUUUCUGAAAAGGACAAGCUCAGAUUGCUUCCCAUGUGUAGCCAUGCUUUCCAUAUCAGUUGUAUAGACACUUGGCUCCUAUCAAAUUCAACAUGUCCUCUUUGUAGAGGGGCCCUCUAUACUCCUGGGUUUUCAAUUGAAAACCCAAUUUUUGAUUAUGAUGAUUUACGAGAAGAAGAUGGGUGUACUGGUUAUGGAGAAAAUCGGUUAACUUCUACUCAAAAAACAGUGGAAAUGGAAGAAAUUGUUGUUGAUAAGGGGGUUUUCCCAGUGAGGCUUGGAAAAUUCAGAAAGCUAAAUGUUGAGGCAGGGGAGGCUGGAGGAGAGACCAGUAGUAGUAAUUUAGAUGCAAGAAGAUGUUAUUCAAUGGGCUCAUAUCAGUAUGUGCUUGCCAAUUCAGACCUACGGGUAGCCUUGUGCCAUGAUCCACAAGGCGGUGAUAUUACACUGACAAAAGAGAGAGAAAAUAAUGGGAAUUCCUCAGUUGAUGGGGAUGUGGAAGGAAAAAAGAUUAGUAGUGUGACUAAAGGUGAGAGCUAUUCUGUGUCCAAGAUUUGGCUCUGGUCAAAGAAAGGCAAAUUUUCAAGUUCUUCAGAUGCCCAGAUGGAUAUACUGCCUUCCCUUAAAAUGGAAUUGCCAUGGAUGAGUAAAACACAAGGGGCAUGAGGUAUUUGCAUCAUCGUUUUCUUGCUAUUUAGUUCAUCCAUUGAUUAUAGCUUGUUUAUGCUCUUGCAAUUCUUACUGAAAUUUUUUUGCGAUGCUAAUUCACCAACUAUGAUGAAUGGUUGUGGCUUAUUAUAAUUGUAGGACUAUCUUUUGUAUUGAACCUGAAAAAUACAGCUUGUUCAAGGGCUUUUGCUUAUUUUAAGGAAUGACAAUAUACGAUCUUGUAGAUUACCCUAAAUGGGAUGAGGCUGUGCUUUUCUUGUAGGGAUAAACAUAUGAUUGCAUGUCUUAUAAUGGGAAUGUUGGUAUGAUUAUUCUUGUU